AUGAUUGACGCCUCGUGGGACUCGCUGUCGUAUCUGCCGGGCUUCGGCAAUGAUUUCUGCUCUGAGGCGCUUCCUGAUGCGCUCCCCAAGGCGCAGAACAACCCGCAGAAGUGCGCAUACGGACUGUACGCGGAGCAGCUCUCGGGCACUGCGUUCACGAUGCCGCGUCACAAGAACCAGCGCAGUUGGCUGUACCGGAUCCUGCCCCCAGUAGUGCACGAGAAGUACCAGGAGGUGGAACACCCGUUCGUCAAGGCAGACUUUGCUAAGGAGAAGCUCACACCGCAGCAGAUGCGGUGGAAGCCCAUGCCCUUCCCUGCAGACUCGGAGAAACUGGACUUUAUCGACGGACUCCGCACCAUUGGCGGAGCCGGGGAUCCGACGAUGAAGGCAGGGAUGGCCAUCCACAUGUACGCUGCCAAUGUAUCCAUGAAGGACAAGUGCUUUUACAACUCGGACGGAGACUUUUUGAUCGUUCCUCAAACGGGCGACCUCAAGAUUACGACGGAAUUUGGUCGACUUAAGGUGUCGCCGCAUGAGAUCUGCGUCAUUCAGCGUGGAAUCCGCUUCUCAGUUGAGCUGGACGGACCCUCUCGUGGCUACAUUCUGGAAGUGUACAACCGUCACUUCAUCCUGCCAGAUCUCGGUCCUAUUGGAGCUAAUGGUUUAGCUAACCCACGAGACUUCGAGCACCCGAGCGCUGCCUACGAAGACCGCGAUUGCGAAUAUUUGGUCGUCAACAAGUUUGGUGGACAAUUGUUCUCAGCUCGCAUGGCCUUCUCUCCGUUCAACGUAGUGGCUUGGCAUGGAAACUACGUCCCAUACAAGUACAAUCUGGACAAGUUCUGCACGAUGAACUCGGUGAACUACGACCACCCGGACCCCUCGAUCUAUUGUGUCCUCACGUGCCAAACAGAUGAACCAGGCAAUGCAGUGGCAGACUUUGUCAUUUUCCCGCCUAGAUGGAUGGUUCAAGAGCACACGUUCCGUCCUCCAUACUUCCACCGCAACUGUAUGAGCGAGUACAUGGGAAUGAUCUACGGUACCUACGACGCCAAGAAGGGAGGAGAGGAUGGAUUUGCGCCGGGUGGUGCUUCUCUUCAUAGCGUUGACACGCCACACGGUCCGGACGCUGCAACGUUCCUUGCUGCUUCUAAUGCGGAGCUCAAACCCCAUAAAUUCGAUGGUGGACUCGCGUUCAUGUUCGAGUCGACGUACCUGGUCAAGUUGACGAACUAUGCGCUUCACUGCGACCACAACGACGAGAAUUACUGGAAAUGCUGGCAACAAAUGCCAAAGCUUUUCAACCCCAAGCAGGCCUAG